AACGUCACGUCCGCACUUGAACUUGAGUUUUCUCCCAUUGUGGAAGCCAGAGAGCCGCACAGAGCCGCGCACAGAGCCGCGCACAGAGCCGCGCACAGCUGCACGCAGCCCGGGAAGCGGCACUCUGCAGCCAGCACAAAGAAAAAAUAGGGUGGCAGUCUGUCCUCCAACCAGCACUGGGCUUUGACUUAAGAGUUCAAGUGCAAGCCGCGUAGCUGGCGCAGUCAGUGGCGCAGCAGAAGUGCCCAACACUUGGUGGCACCCGCACAAGUACCGAGAAGGACGCUGGAUUCCUAUUUGAAACACUUUGAGACCUUCAUUGGCGUCAUUUCAGCCGUGUUCUGCGGACAGGGACGCACUUUGUCCAGGGUGGCCGAAGAGUGGACACGGGCAGUGACUGUCCAUCCGGAGGUGACCGCCGACUUCGCGCACCUCGCCGCGUCUUUGCUCCACCCCGCGCCAACACGCUGACAGACGGUGUGAGCGCAGCGGACGGCCGAGCCGGACUACCCGCUCCCUCGCUUCCAGCUUUGCCGCUGAACUCCGACCGACCGACCGACCGACCGACCGACGAGCCGGCCGCCCCGCGCCGCACCACGGCCGCUCACCGCAGAGCGCAGGAGCCGCGGCUCGCCGGGGGGACAUCCGUCGUGCACGGGUCAAUUCAAAGGGCCACAUCUGCGGCCAGUGGCGAGUGGUCCGUUCGGAGUGGUUUUGGGGGCCACUUUGCGGCCGGUACACGGGAGCAGGAGGAGGAGAGUCCACCCUUCCAGCGCCGCUCUCCGGGCAAUGCCAGUGUAAAUGCCAGGGCGAUGUCCCGACGCAAGCAGGGGAACCCGCAGCACCUGUCCCAGAGAGAAACAGCACCAGCGGGCGAGCUCCCAGAUGGCAGCCUACUCUCCGACUCGCUCUCCCUCCACCCGCUCCGCCUGCCCUCUCAUCCGCUGGGCCUACCUCCCCACCCGUUGGACCCCAGCCUGGCCCACGCCCUGCCGCCGGGCCUCCACGCUGACCACGACUUGCUGACCUGUGGCCAGUGCCAGUUGACCUACCCGCUAGGAGACAUCCUCCUGUUCAUUGAGCACAAAAAGAAGCAGUGCCAAACGCUGCAGCUGGCCAAUGGCUGCUACGACAAGAUGAGCGACCGGGGGGGAGGAGGAGGGAGUCCGACUCUGCAGAGCCGGCAUCAGCACGCGCAGCGGGGGGAGCCGAGGAAGGUGGUGGAGCCGGUGGAGAUUGGCAUCCAGGUGACACCGGAGGAAGAGGAUGGGGAGGUGGGAAGAGGUGGGAGGCGAGAGAGGACGCCCAUUAAAGGAAUUUUCCCAAAGCAGGAGAACACCACGACAGGUGGCAGGGAUGAGCCUUCUAGCUAUAUAUGUACCACAUGCAAGCAGCCCUUCCCUAGCGCUUGGUUCCUGUUGCAACAUGCCCAGAACACCCACGGCAUUCGCAUAUACCUGGAGUCCAACCCCUCCAGCACAGCCCUCACCCCACGCAUUGCUAUGCCCCCACCCAUGGUCAACAACUCCAUCCCGCAAUCCCCCCUCAGCAACUUUCUUGGGGACAACAACCCUUUCCACCUCCUGAGAAUGACGGGCCCCCUCCUCAGGGAGCCUCCCCCAGGCUUCAUGGAGAACCGCCUCCCCAACACGCCUCCAUUCAUCAGCCCGCCUCCCCGCCACCACCUAGAUCCCCAUCGGCUGGAACGCCUCAGCGCAGAGGAAAUGGGCUUAAUCUCACAGCACCCCAGUGCCUUUGAGAGGGUGAUGCGGCUUACUCCAAUGGCCAUGGAGUCCCAGUCCAUGGACUUCUCUAGACGCCUACGAGAGUUGGCAGGAAACAACAACAACACCACACCACCAUUGUCACCCAGCAGGGCCAACCCUAUGCACCGACUCCUGAACCCCAACCCCUUCCAGCCUGGGACAAAAUCUCCUUUUCUGAGCACACCUCCCUUACCACCAAUGCCACCAAACAGCAUCACCCCUCCCCAGACACAAAACAAAGUCAAGUCUUGUGAGUUCUGUGGGAAGACCUUCAAGUUCCAGAGCAAUUUGGUGGUGCAUCGGCGCAGCCAUACUGGAGAAAAACCAUACAAGUGCCAGCUGUGUGAUCACGCCUGUUCUCAGGCUAGCAAGCUGAAGCGCCACAUGAAAACCCACAUGCACAAGGCUGGAUCCCUGACAGGGCGCUCAGAUGAUGGUUUGUCCACCACAAGCUCACCAGAGCCAGGUACCAGUGAUGUCACAGGUGAGGCCAUGAAAAAUCGUGAUGGGGACUUUCAAGGUGAAGGCAACGAAGAGGAAGAAGAGGAGGAGGAAGAAGAGGAACUUGAGAAUGAGAGUCGACCAGAAUCAAACUUCAGCAUGGAGUCUGAAUUUUACCGGAACAGAGAGAAUGGCUCCAAAAUCCCAUCAGAGAAGUCACAACUUGUCCUUGAGAAGAUGGUUGCUGGUGGGGGCCUUAACUCUAUACAGCAGUACAAUAAUUUGAUAGUUGACAAUCGUAAAAGGAUGCCCUUCUCUAAGAGGGGCUCGGAUGGCCAACGGAACGCUGGGGAUGAGGACUCCGUUGUUGGGGAGAUGGACCACCACCAACAGGAAGAGAGGACAACCAUUAACGGCCGUAACUGUGGCUCCGGUGACUCUUUUUCAGGCCUGUUUCCCCGUAAGCCUGCCCCUAUCACCAGCCCCAGCCUCUCAAACUCCUCAAAUAAAAGGAUCAAGAUUGAGAAGGACUUGGACAUUACCCCAACACCCCACAUACCCUCUGAGAACGUCUACUCCCAGUGGUUGGUAGGCUACGCUGCCUCACGCCACUUCAUCAAAGACCCUUUCCUAGGCUUUACUGACUCCAGACAAUCGCCCUUUGCCACGUCAUCUGAGCACUCGUCCGAGAACGGCAGCUUGCGGUUCUCAACGCCUCCGGGCGACCUGCUUGAUGGAGGCCUGUCAGGCCGUAGCGGCACUGCCAGUGGGGGCAGCACCCCACAUCUGGGCGGAGGUCCAGGCCGGCCUAGUUCCAAGGAUAGCAGGAGGAGCGACACCUGUGAAUACUGUGGCAAGGUGUUCAAGAACUGUAGCAACCUGACGGUGCACCGGCGCAGUCACACAGGCGAGAGGCCCUACAAGUGUGAGCUGUGCAACUAUGCCUGCGCCCAGAGCUCCAAGCUCACACGCCACAUGAAGACACAUGGCCAGCAUGGCAAGGAGGUCUACCGCUGUGACAUUUGCCAAAUGCCCUUCAGCGUGUACAGCACUCUGGAAAAACAUAUGAAAAAGUGGCAUGGAGAACAUUUGAUGACCAAUGAGGUCAAAAUUGAACAAGCAGAGAGAAGCUAAACCAGAUUAACUGUUUCCAUAUGUUGACUAGAAAAAUAAACAGAAGGGGGUAGCUCUGAAAUGUUAAUUUUGGGUUCAUUUUCUGUUUUCAAGAAACUGCCAACUGAAAAAAAGUGAAAAUAGAAAUCUUAACACCAAUAGAAGCUGUCUAAACUGCCUCAUUUGGGGUUCCUUUUUAAACAAUCAGUCAGUUGAGUUAAAACAUAAGUGGAGCCUUUAACUGUGCAAUAAUUUCUGUAUUUAUUGGAUUUUGUAUUUUGGCAUGUGCAGGUACAAUAUUAUUUAGGACUUUUUUUUUACUUGUUUUACUUUGGUUGCGUUACUGUGUUGAAAUCACAUGAUACCUGAGAGGUUUUUACAAGACUAAAGUCAACUUUGACUACUUUUUUUGGGCCGCUGCUUGUAGGAAAUUGUAUAUUACGCUAAAUGUGUGAUUUCUUGAAGAGAACUUUAUUUCAAUCUUCAAUUUGAAAGUGGCAUUAACUGAGAAUGCUAGAAUUUUGUGUGAUGAUGAUACGCGGACAACAAUCCUUAGGCAUUGUAGCAUGAACUGAGUCUAAAACAUGUCAAUAUAAUUGGAUAUGUAGCACUGAGCGUCAUAUUUGACAUUAAAUCUAAAAUCAAAGAUGAUCCCAAGGUCUCCUCCUGAAAACGUCAUUACCAGCCAGAAGAAACAGAUUCUAGAUAAGGCAGCUGCUGACUGGUACAACAACCCUCCCUCAUUUCUCCUGUUUUCCACCCUCCAUCUAUUUCACCUACGUUCAUAGAUCCAUGCAUUAUAUUUAGCAUGAAGCCAUAUGAUCUGGACUACUAUUUAUUUGCAGUAAACUGAGCAUUAAGCUGUUCAAGACAAGUAUACGUAGAGCUAGAAAGAAACAUGAGACAAGACAGCAAACACAGGGACUUCUCAGGGUGAGCUUUAUAUUUUUGAUGAUUGAAAUGUUGUUCAAUUUAAAUCAGAAGUCACAUCCUCUCAGAUUUAGACAAAAAUCAACAUCCCUAUGCAUUUGAUGUGCAAAAUAAGUGGUACUGCAAGUUUUCACUGGUACUGUUAGUAUAGUGAUUUUGUUAUUGUACAAUCUGAUCUCCAGAAAUAGAAGUUUCUCAGUUGGUUCUGCGACAGUUUUGUGUAGAAGAGGAACUAUAUACAUAUACAUGUGAGUGUGUGCUGAAGUAGUAAUAGUAAAACAAGCAGCAUCAGCUCGCUCCAUGCCCCUUUAGUCUUAAAUAUCAUUAUCCCAAUUUCGUUUAUGCCCCAUCCUUCAUAAUGGCACUUUUUCCCUUUCAAAUCAGAUUGAAAUCAAAGCUCUUAUCAACACACACACACACACACACACACACAGCUGGACAGAAAAGUCACAUAGGGUCUAGAGCUUGGGAUCUCCUGACGCUCGUGCCCAGGGUUGAUAGGCUAUGCUUUCCCAAUGUUGGCACUAUAAAAUCGAAAAAAUAAAAUAACUUUUUUUUUGGACAACCAUCCAAUUUGAAAUGAGUGUGCCUUGAAUAAUGAUCUUCCUAUUUAUUAUCUAAGACAAAUGCAACACUUUUUAAGAAGCAUCAAAUUGAACAAGUAAAAAAUAUAUAAAUGAGUUAAAUUAGACAUAUUCAGAUCAACACCUAUGAAACAAUGCUGAGUUUGUAUUUAGGAAUACCCAGCACAAUAUCAGUGUGUGUAUAUAUGUAUGCAUAUGUACAUAUAAAGGCACAAACCUAUAUAUAGAUAUAUAUCAAAUUCCUCACUCAUAAGGACAAGAGUCUGUCCCACAGCAGAAAAUUCCAGGAGUGGACAAAAGCCACAAAAAAAGUCAAGAAACAGACUUGACAAAAAAUCAGGAAAUGCAGAACCUAAAAAAUGAAUUUAGUGCACUCUGUCUUAAAAUAAGUUUACAGUAUUGAAACAAGUACAAGGGUAAAAUAAUAUUUGUGUGUAUGUGUGUUUUAAACAAACAAGUAUUUUUUUUCCAGGUUUGCUUAUGAAGUUUUCUCUGAAUGCCGUAUUGGCUAUGUGUAAAUUCUUUUCUUUUUCUUUUUUUUUGGUGAAGGGUUUUAGUAUAUAUAUAUAAAUAUAUAUGAAUAUAUAUUACAUUUUUCUUGUUUACUGUAAAAGUAUACCAGUAUUUGUAAUAUUGGAGAAUGCCUGGGCAUUUUACAAAAAUAGAAAAAAGGUUGUUUUUUUAUUUUUUGUUUUGCAGUCCAAUUAAAUUGUGGGUCUCUUAAACUGUUUUUGUCAAUGUAACUGUAAAAAUCUUAAGUUUUAGUAACUUUUAUUCUGCCUUGGGUGUAAUGAAAUAAAAAAUAAAAAAAUUAAAAAAUGACAACCUUGGAUUUGGUGGUGGGAUAGCUCUUGGGGUCGAGGGAAUGGGGGACGGAUGGUUUUAAUCCUUGAAACAACAGAACAGUUGUUCUGCUUUUCAAACUGAGGAUCCUAACUUGUAUCUAUUUUUCUUCUUCUGGAACGGAUUAUUCUUUAAUGGAUGGUUUGAAAUACUUGUGUAGGCACUUGCUGUCUUUCCUAAGGAGCUUGUCUUUUUUAUCUUGUGGGCUAUGUGCAUCCUUUUGUGCAUCCUUUUGUGAUUUGGGUACUCUGGGUACCU